AUGAAAAAUUGUUCACCUACCCAUGUUUUAUAUUCUUACUCAGUGUGCCGGUCAAAUAAAAGUCCGUGGGUCUGUCUGACGUGCUCAAGUGUCCAUUGUGGAAGAUAUGUGAAUGGCCAUGCAAAAAAGCAUUAUGAAGAUGCACAGAUUCCUAUGACCAAUCAUAAGAAAACAGAGAAACAAGAGAAAGUUCAGCAUACUGUGUGUAUGGAUUGCAGUAGUUACAGUACAUACUGUUAUCGCUGUGAUGAUUUCGUAGUCAAUGAUACCAAGCUGGGCCUGGUACAGAAGGUCAGAGAGCACCUACAGAACUUGGAAAAUUCAGCCUUUACGUCAGACAGACAUAGGAAAAGAAAACUAUUGGAAAGCUCAUCUCUGAACAGCAAGUUAUUAAAAGUAAAUGGAAGCACCACUGCCCUUUGUGCCACAGGCCUUCGGAACCUGGGGAAUACGUGUUUCAUGAAUGCAAUCCUUCAGUCGCUCAGUAACAUUCAACAGUUUUGCUGUUACUUCAAAGAGUUGCCUGCUGUGGAGCUGAGGAACGGGAAGACGGCAGGCAGGCGAACUUACCAUACCAGGAGCCAGGGGGAUAACAAUGUUUCAUUGGUGGAAGAAUUCAGAAAGACGCUCUGUGCUCUAUGGCAAGGAAGCCAAACUGCUUUUAGUCCAGAGUCUUUAUUUUACGUUGUUUGGAAAAUCAUGCCAAAUUUUAGGGGAUACCAGCAACAGGAUGCCCACGAGUUCAUGCGUUACCUUUUGGACCAUCUACACCUGGAACUCCAGGGUGGCUUCAAUGGUGUUUCACGUUCAGUAAUUUUGCAAGAAAAUUCUAGUCUGUCUGCAAGCAACAAAUGUUGCAUAAAUGGAGCAUCUACUGUUGUCACAGCGAUUUUUGGAGGCAUUCUUCAAAAUGAAGUCAACUGCCUAAUAUGUGGGACUGAAUCUAGAAAGUUUGACCCAUUCCUAGACCUUUCGCUAGAUAUUCCAAGUCAGUUCAGAAAUAAACGUACUAAAAAUCAAGAAAAUGGACCAAUGUGCACACUACGAGAUUGUCUUCGCAGUUUUACAGACCUGGAAGAACUUGAUGAGACAGAGCUGUAUAUGUGUCACAAAUGCAAAAAGAAACAGAAGUCCACCAAAAAAUUCUGGAUUCAGAAACUACCAAAGGUGCUAUGCUUACACUUGAAACGAUUUCACUGGACAGCAUAUCUGAGAAACAAGGUUGAUACGUAUGUUGAGUUUCCCUUACGAGGCCUAGACAUGAAAUGCUACUUGUUAGAGCCUGAAAACAGUGGCCCAGAAAGCUGCCUGUAUGACCUUGCGGCUGUUGUCGUGCAUCAUGGUUCAGGCGUUGGCUCUGGACAUUACACCGCGUACGCAGCUCACGAAGGCCGCUGGUUCCAUUUCAACGACAGUACUGUAACUUUGACCGACGAGGAGACUGUGGUAAAGGCCAAGGCCUACAUCCUCUUCUACGUGGAACGGCAAGCCAAAUCUGGAUCAGACAAACUUUAAUACCUCCUUUUAAGUCUCACUUAUCAAGUUCACCGGACAAAACAUUUCCAUUUUUCCAUAAAUACUUGAUCCAAGACUAUUAAUUUCAUUGUGCACUUUUCAAUUUCCUCUUGUGGGUUUAGUUUUGUUGUGUCAAUGGUAGCAUUUGACUUACUGAACUUGGACACAAACUAACUUUUUUUUUUUAGUUAUACCAGAAAACCUCAGCAGAUUUUGAUUUGCUGCUUUAGUUGUGAUAACUCAAUUUUUAUAUAUAUAGUUUCAUGAAAUACUUAGUUAUUUGACUUUUUUAUAUUAAUGUUUUCAGUUCUCACUUUCUAAAGGCACAUUUACAUCAGAGAAGCUUUCUAUCCUCCUUACAAGCAAGAUAAAUGUGCUUCUGAUUAUGAAGAGCAAUACAACUUCAUGCUGUUCUCACAGCUGUUACCGUAGAUAGGAUUUAAUCUCUUUAAAGCAAGGAAUUGUUUGCACGUACUAUUUUCCCUCGUGCAAGAAACUAAACAGUGACCUCUGAACAAUCAUUCCUUGUCUGCAGAAGAGAGGAGAUACGGCAUCAUUAAAUAGACCAGGUAUUUGCUGCUAUAUUGGUGUGUAUUCAGGCUGCUGACUUUCAGGAAUCAUUGUAAAUAAACAGUUGGUUCAAUU